ACACACACACACACACACACACACACCUGACAGACCCCUCCAUCUGGGUCCCGCGUGAGUCCUUGGACUUGCUGUGCCUCCAUCCUGUACCUCCUUGUCCCUCAUGUGUGCCCAUCACCAUGUGCGGGGGAGGCUGUCCCCACCGGCCAGGUGCCCUGCAUCAGACCCUCGGUGGGUGUGUGUCUUGUGGGGCCAUCACGCACACCUACAGUCCCCCAUCCGGGGCCCUGUGUUCUGUGGGAGCCAUCCCUGGGCUUCCCUGGCCCCCCCAAGUGUGCUGAUGGCCGCGUGCAGGAGAGGGGGUGGCCCGUGUCCCCCAGGUAGGGUGUGUGUAUUGUGGGGCCCUGGUGCCCUCUGCACUUCCCCGCUGACCGCACCCCUCUCCCCCUGUCCUGCAGGCCCCAGGGAGCGCCAUGGCCCGAGCACGCCAGGAGGGCAGCUCCCCGGAGCCCGUAGAGGGCCUGGCCCGCGACGGCCCGCGCCCCUUUCCCCUCAGCCGCCUGGUGCCCUCGGCCGUGUCCUGCGGCCUCUGCGAGCCCGGCCUGCCCGCCGCCCCCGCCGCCCCCGCCCUGCUGCCCGCCGCCUACCUCUGCGCCCCCACCGCCCCGCCCGCCGUCACCGCCGCCCUGGGGGGCCCCCGCUGGCCUGGGGGUCCCCGCAGCCGGCCCCGAGGUCCGCGCCCCGACGGUCCUCAGCCCUCACUCUCGCCGGCAGAGCAGCACCUGGAGUCGCCGGUGCCCAGCGCCCCGGGGGCCCUGGCGGGCGGCCCCACCCAGGCAGCCCCGGGAGUCCGGGGGGAGGAGGAGCAGUGGGCCCGGGAGAUCGGGGCCCAGCUGCGGCGGAUGGCGGACGACCUCAACGCGCUGUACGAGCGGCGGGUGAGUGCUGGGGGAGGGGUAGACGGCAGGUGGGACUUCCCGCCCGGGAGGGGGCUGCGGGCCGCCCCGCCAGAUGUGCGGCAGCUGCCGCCCGGCGCGGCGGGGUCGCGCCGGGGACAGGCAGGUGGGAGGGGCGGCGGGCCCGCGGACCUGCCGAAGGGCCCGCGCCGCG